GGGCCAUGCUGCAGCCCGCGGUCAACAAGUUCUCGCUGCGCAUGUUUGGCAGCCACAAGGCGGUGGAGCUGGAGCAGCAGCGGGUGAAAUCGGCCGGGUCCUGGAUCAUCCACCCCUACAGCGACUUCAGGGCUGAAGCCAAGGCCCUGGGGAAGGUCAGGGCAGGAACCCGUUAAGCCAGGCCGGCCCCCUGUGGAGGUCACAGUCUGCAAAGCCUGAUGCAUCCAUCUGCCUGCAGAGGCCUGGAUUCUAGUCUCUUCCCCAAGAGCUUGGCUUUGCAGAGUGAAUUCAUCUGGCACCGGCGCCACAUUUCCAAGGCCAUGGGACUUCCCUGAAUCGGUUCCUGUUGGAUCUACAGCCCGUCUUUUUGAUUUCAGUAUUUCCAGUGCUGGAGAAUCCCCCACAGCUCUAGGUAAAUUGUCCCAAUGGUUAAUUACUCUCACUCUUAAACAUUUGCACUUUAUUUCCGGUCUGAAUAUGUCUUGUUUCAACUUCCCAGCUGUUGGCUCGUGUUAGAUUUUUGUCUGCUAGACUGAAGAGCCCGUGAUCAAAUAUCUUGUUCCCCAGGAAGGUACUUAUAGACGGUGAGAAAAAUCAUCCCUUAAACUUCUCUCUAAACACAUGGAGCUCUGUCACUGGAAGGCAGGUUUUCCAGCCCUUUCAUCAGUCUCAUGGGUCUUCUCUGAACCCUCUCCAGUUUAAACUGAUCCAAUUUCUCAUGCAGGGUUAGCUACUAGAAGGAGGUUUUCAUUCUUUCCCUUCCUUCCUCCUUUCCUGGCUCCGUUCCCCAUCUCCUUUCCUCCUUUCUUGUUCCCCUGCUCCUCUGUCCCCUGCUUUGUGCCCGCUCUCCAUUCCUCCUGCAGGUUUUACUGGGACCUCAUCAUGCUGCUGCUGAUGGUGGGGAACCUGAUCAUCCUGCCCGUAGGCAUCACCUUUUUCAAGGAUGAGAACACACCACCUUGGAUUGUCUUCAACGUGCUCUCGGACACCUUCUUCCUGGCCGACCUGGUGUUGAACUUCCGCACGGGCAUCGUGGUGGAGGACAACACGGAGAUCAUCCUGGACCCGCACACCAUCAAGAUGAAGUACCUGAAGAGCUGGUUCCUGGUCGAUUUCAUCUCCUCCAUCCCCGUGGAUUACAUCUUCCUCGUCGUCGACCUGGAGACUCAGGUGGACUCCGACGUCUACAAGACAGCGCGGGCCCUGCGCAUCGUGCGCUUCACCAAGAUCCUCAGCCUGCUGCGUCUCCUGCGGCUGUCCCGCCUCAUCCGCUACAUUCACCAGUGGGAGGAGAUUUUCCACAUGACCUACGACCUGGCCAGCGCCGUGGUGCGGAUCGUUAACCUCAUUGGCAUGAUGCUGCUGCUGUGCCACUGGGACGGCUGCCUGCAGUUCCUGGUGCCCAUGCUGCAGGAUUUCCCUGAGGACUGCUGGGUCUCCAUCAAUCACCUGGUGAACGACUCCUGGGGGAAGCAGUACUCCCAUGCCUUGUUUAAGGCCAUGAGCCACAUGCUCUGCAUUGGGUACGGCCAGCAAGCUCCGGAGGGGAUGACCGACGUCUGGCUCACCAUGCUCAGCAUGAUUGUGGGUGCCACCUGCUACGCCAUGUUCAUUGGCCACGCCACUGCCCUCAUCCAGUCGCUGGACUCCUCCCGCCGGCAGUACCAGGAGAAGUACAAGCAGGUGGAGCAGUACAUGUCGUUCCACAAGCUGCCCGGGGACACGCGCCAGCGGAUCCAUGAGUACUAUGAGCACCGCUACCAGGGCAAGAUGUUUGAUGAGGAGAACAUCCUGGGGGAGCUGAGUGAGCCUCUCAAAGAGGAAAUCAUCAACUUUAACUGCCGGAACCUGGUGGCCAACAUGCCGCUGUUCGCCAGCGCCGACCCCAACUUUGUGACGGCCACGCUGACCAAGCUGCGCUUCGAGGUCUUCCAGCCUGGGGACUUCAUCAUCCGCGAGGGCACCGUGGGCAAGAAGAUGUACUUCAUCCAGCACGGCGUGGUCAGCAUCCUCACCAAGGGCAACAAGGAGACCAAACUGUCCGAUGGCUCCUACUUCGGGGAGAUCUGCCUGCUGACGCGGGGGAGGCGCACGGCCAGCGUCCGGGCUGACACCUACUGCCGCCUCUACUCACUCUCGGUGGAUAACUUCAACGAGGUGCUGGAGGAGCACCCCAUGAUGCGUAGGGCCUUCGAGACCGUGGCCAUGGACCGCCUGGACCGCAUCGGUGAGGGAGCGCCCGCCCCAGGUAAGAAGAACUCCAUCCUCCUGCGCAAGCGAGCAGAGCACAGCUCGGGGGCUAUGAACAACGAGAUGAUCCAGCAGAUUGUCAAGCACGACCGGGACAUGGCCCACAACAUCCAGGACCUGCAGCAGAUGGCGGUGGGCCGGGAGCUGAGUGGCAAGCCAGUGAUCUGGGAGCCCCUGGUGCAUGCGCCACUGCAAACGGCAGCUGCCACCACCAACGUGGCCAUUGCCUUGACUCACCAGCAGAGCCUGCAGGCCCACAUCUUCCUGCCCCCCUCCUCCAUCUCCAGCCCACUCUCACCUGAGGCCACCCUGCUCACCAGGCAAGUGCGCAGGUCCCAGCCCAGCCUGGGGGGCUCCCGGCCCUCCUCGGUGAGCUCCCAGUCCGGCGCACAGUCCCACCUGCAGACGCCUGCAGCCAACUCCCCUUCAUCGCCCAUGGUCCAGUCCCAGUCGCCUCUGGAAAGUGGGGGUCAGAAAGCUGGCCACGUGGGACUGCCACAGCCAAGGCUGGUGCAGAAGGGAGAGCCCCUGGCGAUAGCAAAGCAGCCUCUGACGGGCUCCCAACCCCAGCUCUCCAAGUCCCGAGGCACCUCAGUUUCCACGUCACUUCUGCAGCAGCCAGCAGGGGCUCCGUCCCCCAGCUCUGAGCAGGCGCUCCCAGCAGGGAGAACUCUCCACUACAGCCUGUCCCGAGCCACCGGCUCCCACAUCUCGCUGCUGAUGCAGCCGCAGCAGCUGGUGAAACACAGGAGCAUCCAGGGCCUACCCAUCGGGAGGCUCACCCAGGACGUCCGGCUCCUGUCAGCAUCUCAGCCGUCCCUGCCCAAUAAAGUCGCCCAGCAAGUGGAUGGGAGCUCCUCCCCUCAGGGCAGAAAGUCAGCGGGGAACCUGGCUCACAGAUCAUCUCCCUCGGUAGCUGGACUCCUCACCAAGCCACCCCCUGGGGUUCCAGGCCAGCCAGCACACCCACAGCAGAUGCCUUCAGGAUCUUUGGUCCAAUCCAGCCGGCCCGUGAGCGGAGCGUCCACCCCGCAGUCUCCCGUCUCUACGCCCAGGCAUGCGGCAGGCCCCUCCCGCAAGGGCUCCGUGGCAUUCAGCCCUGAGGUGGAAAGUGGGAAGCCCAAACUCCCAUCCAACAUAUGAGAGCCCAGGGCUGGGCCCAAGCGUGGGGGGGAGAGGAGUGGGCUCGCUGGAGAGCCGUGCUCCUGGGGCUGUUUGACAUGGGGCUGGGGCAGGGAGAAAGGGGGACAGCCUCCCCCAAGGCCCCCACCCAGGGCUGAGGCUGAGUGGGCAAGGAGAGGAGAUGGCCAGGGGUGACCACCUACCGCAGACACUGACUCUGCCAGAGUCAUAUGCCUGGCUGCAGGGCAGGCUCUGCCCAGGGGUCGCUCUGGGAUUCUCCUGACUCCACUGAGGACAGGAAGCCACUAAAAGGCUGCCCCCAUCUGCACCCCAGAGCAAGGCGGCAGCAGGGAUGUGGACUGGGCUGACUCCAUCAGUGCCCUCUGCACUCUGCCUCUCCCUGGGAAACCAACCUUGCAAUGGGACCCUGCCCCUACUCUGUCCCCUUGCCAUGGGGCCCUGCCCUAUUCCUCACUCCACCCGCUCCCAAUGGGCCCAGCCCCUGCCCUGCAGGGCAUAGGCCCCACCAUGGUGAGUAGCGUCAGGAAGGCACUCAGCGGCUCCUCCCACUCAUGUUUCUCCAUUAGGAAAUUCUCCCAGCCCCCCCACCUUGCCCAUCCCUCAGCUGUGUCCCCACAAUGGCCUGGUUCAAGCCUUUGCCCUGUGGGGGAGGCAGGGGGAGGGUGACAGGGCCAGAGCCCCAGGGUGAGGCCUUUCCCCUCACCCACAGCAAGGGGACAGAGUGGGGGGGGUGGACCCCAUGGAGAGGCCUUUGCACUGGGGGAGGGCAGAGUGGGAGGAGGUGGGGAAUUGCAAGGUUGCUGAAAACUGGAAUCCCCCUCAGUCCAGCUCCCAAGCCUCUGUACCCAGAGCAGGACGACAGGGGCCCCAUGGCGCUGGCUGCCAUGGCUGACCCAGGAAGCCAAGAUGAAUCCAUCCAGCACCCCAUGGUCCCAGGCAGCUCCGAGUCCCCAGGACUCCAAGUGUCUCCCCUCUCUCCCCCUCAUCCCCAGCUGGUCUAGUCUGAGAGGCCACACAGAUCCUCAUGCACGUGGCCUCUGCCCCCAGAGGCCUGGCAAGUCACUGCCACUUGUGAACACGUCUCAGCAGCCCCGUCUCCCAUAAGGUGAGGUUAAAUGUGUGCAGGAGCUCAUGCAAGUGCCUCUCGCCCUAGAGAACCCAGAUCCCUGGGGAAGGGAGGCAUGGGGAGCAGGCAUGUCUCAUCCCCCACCUCUCCGAGCACCUGGUCUUUAUAGUCAGAUAGUCCCUGUAGAAAGGGGGAGAUCUUGACCCAGCAGAAGGGAGCCGUGGCCCAGAUCUAUCCUGGCUGUAACUGUCUGGGCUGGAUUUGAGCUGGUGGGUUCCCUCCACCUCACAGCUCCUGGCCUAUACUGGGGUCCAGGAGGCUGCCUCUGAGGACACAGGCCCAGUGCUGGCUUCCCUGAGGGGUUUGUUCCUGGUAUCUGUGGCUUGUCAGGAGAAGAUUAAUCAACUCCCCUUGGUGCAAGGAGCCAGGCCUGGAAAUACAAAAGCUGAAUAGAAAUGUCCCGAGGUCCCCCAGGGCCUGUGCUGGGAGGCCAAAGGUGAUGUGCAUUCCUAUGAGACAGGCUCUGAUGGAUGUUCUGGGAGCCUUGGGGCAGCCAGACCCAGAGACCUGACUGAAGGGCCUCCUUGGCUGGGUCUUGUCCCCUACACUGUAUUGAGGCAGGGAGCACAGGGGCUGCAGUUCAGGGCUCUGUGUCACCCCGAGAUGUGCAUUUCUCACUGAGCAUGUUCUUGGCAGACCAGACGGUUUCCUGCUCCCCUCUUGUGGGAAGGGACAUGGAAAGAGUUUUGCUACCUCUGCUCUCGACUGCUAGCUCCUGCACCCCAGGAGGGUCAUUGAGAGCUGGGCCAGGGGGGUUCUCUCUUACCUUGCAGGCUGGUGCCCAUUGCCUGGGGUUAGUCUGAGUGAGCAGCACUGUCCCAGGGAGUUGGGUGUCGGGAAGGGUUGGUCCCCACCCCCUGUCCAUGGUCAAGUCUUGCUAAAGACCCAGCCCCAGUUUCUUGAAGUCAGUCCAAGAUGCUCUUCAGCAUUAAAGUGACUCCAGGGAGAUUGCAGAGGAGAUGCUCACAUUCCCCCACCCCAGGCCUGUCAGUCACGCCCCAAUCACUGCCUGGAUCUCAGCUCGAAGCAAUGUUGCUUCCUGCACUUGUAGCCUCCCCAGGGGGAGGAUUCUGCGUCCCUGUACAGAAGGGUUGGGAUUUCCGGGGAGUCUCCCGGCUCAGCCCAAGCUGCCCCUCUCCAGGAACCAGUAGUUAGCAAUGUGUGUGCGAGUCGUGGCUCUGCUAAGCAGCUGAAUUCUGCUUACGGUGUUGCUUUUGGGUCCAAACGUGUUACUGAUUCGGGUUAGAAUAGUGUCCCCCACCCCAACUCCGCUGUGCUGUAUAGCUUCUUCUUUCCACUACCAGAGUCAGGAAAAUCGUAUCUUGUAGUCCCUGCUCUGGGAGCACUGACAGUGUCAGCAAUAUGGAGCUCAGCCCUGUAGGUACCUGUGCUAGAGGUGAUAGGCCAGCCAUGGCUAGGCACAGUGUUGGGCUAGGGGUUCUUUUCGUACAAUACUUCGUAAAGGUAAGUUGUUUAGUUCUUCUCUUCAUUCGUAUUUUGGGAUGUUGGGACCAGAGUCUUCACUGCAGGACGAGGAGGGCGAGCUCAGCCCUUGGCAGAGUUCAGUCAGGUGGGAAUCACUUUGAUGCCUGUAUUGGAGGGAGUAUUCAGCACUGCCUUCUCAUGGACAUGAGUGUCCUUUCCCUCUGUCCCUGCCUCCCCCCAUUCCACUUGGCCCCGUGUGUCUGUCCCAGCAGCUCCUCUGGGAGGGGCCUGCAGUCAGGUCGCUUAGAUUCAAACAUUCCAGGAUCUUCUUGUUUACACUACGUAAUGUAGAGACAUUUGUAGCAAUUGUGGUAGGAUUCCAUUGAGAGGAAAAGUGCCAAGGUGUGGGCUGGCCCAGGUGGCAACCGCAGAGCCGUGGCCCUCCUUCCACAGCGUCUGGAACCUUUCUGGUCUUUCCAGAGAGGAAACCAUACUCUCUGCAGCUGUGUCACCCUGCGGCUCUUCCCCUGCAGGUUCCCCGUCAUUGCUAACCCUGGGCAGCCUUGCUGCUGAGAGUGCCAGCGUUCACGGUGCUCUGGGUAACCCCCAGCACAGUACCACUGUGCUGCCCGGCCUUGUUCUAAGCAGGGUUACAAACACGGCAGCCGUGUCUGUUUGUGUCACCCCCGGGGGAGUGGGGCGCUACAUGCAGCAGGACAUAGCUCCUGCCCUAGAGAGAGGCUGUCACUUCCAGCCCUAUUAGCAACAGGGGGAGAGGCCACAGUAGAAGCACCCUGUGUGUGUGUGUAUGUGCGCGAGUCUAGUCACCAAAGACCAUGAUCCUUCACUCUUGCACUCACAGCAGUUGAUGUACAGAGCUUGUAGUUUUCAUAUUGCAGAGACUUUAAAAGCGUUUUUUAAUUUUUGGUCGUUGUACAUAACAGAUUUAAAUAAUAAAGAGCGACUCCAA